AUGAAGACUAUGAUUCUACUACUUUAUCUUCUAGGAUCAACUCAGUCAUUACCGACGCAGUUCAACCUUGCUUUGGGACUUCCUCCAACAAAACCGGCUCCACAUCAGGCAACACUACUAAACCAGCAGCAGCCAAAUCAGGUAUUUCCCUCUUUAAGUCUAAUACCACUGACACAGAUGUUUGCACUGGGGUCAGAUCUGCAGCUGCUAAAUCCUGCUGCAGGGAUGGCACCUGGUACCCAGACCCUUCCACUGAACUUGGGGGGACUGAACACACAACAGCAGCUGCAACCCCAAGGUGCUAUCCUUAGCUCAGAGGAAUUGCCGGUGGCCCCACAAAUCUUCACAGGCCUCAUUUUUCAGCCACUGCUCCCGGGAGCCAUCCUGCCCCCCAGUCCAGCUAAUCCAGAUGCCCGGAAUGGAAUCCUCCCUGCAGGGCAAGCAGGAGUGAAUCCUGCCAUCCAGGGAACUCCAGAGGGCUUCUCCCCAACUCCCAGCGACACAGACGAUGACUUUGGUGUGACCGCCCCUGCAGGCAUCCAAAGGGGCAUGCACACCACCCAGGAAACCUCCACUGGGCCUCCAAAUGGUAAAUUCUCUGAGCCAGGAAAAUGCCUCAGGAAAGUCAUCUGCAGAGUGGAAACAGAGUUCUUUGUCUUGCCUUGA